AUGUUUGAAGUUGAUUGGAUUGAUUCAGACAGAUGGGAAUUUGCGAAUGAGGGAUUUCAGCAGGGGAAGAAGCAUUUGCUGAAGCACAUCAAGAGGAGGAAGCAAACUUCUCAAAUAUUGCAGCAACAGAGGGCAGCACACUCUUGCCUGAGUUCCACCAAGAAUGGAGUGGAGGCAGAGCUUGAAAAGCUGAGAAAUGAUCAGAGUACAUUGCAUACGGAAGUCCUCAAGCUAAGACAACAGCAGGAGACCACACAGCAUCGUCUGGCAGCCAUUAGAGAGCGUCUUCGAAUAACUGAACUGAAGCAAAAGCACAUGCUCUUGCUCUUGAUUAAAUCGUUCAAGAACCCUUUGUUUUUGCAGCACUGCCUUGAAAAAAUUAGAAAGAAAAGGGCACUUACCUGUGGAGGAAUCUUGAAAAAGAGAAGGUUGGCAGCUUCUGACUUAGGUGAUGGCAGCUUGAUGGAAGCAAUGAAAACCGUCAAUAUCAAUGAGAUUGCUGAUGUGAGUAUUAAUGAUAAGAGGCUCCAAUUUCAGGAAGAGCUGACAACAAUACAAUCAGAAAUUCAGACAUUGUUCUCUGAUGAGUCAGGCAGCCCUGCUCAGGAGCAGAAGUACGAAAAAUCCUCCGAGACAAAUAGCCUCGACUCUUGCUCAGAGAGUUUCGUCUUAUGGGAGAAACUGAUGGAAGAUGACAUUAUCUAUGAGGACGAAGCAGCAGCAUCGAAGCAACAAUCUGACAUCGUUUCUGAAUUGGAGAAUUUGAUCGCCAAGCCAUCAGAAUGCAGCACGCAAAUCAGAGGUCUGGUUGAACCGGUUGGGUGUCCAGCAUACACAGCAUAGUUCCCAUGGUAUGAUUCUGCUGAUGUUCAUACCGUUUUUGUACUAAACGCGGAACAACAGCAUAUGGUGCAGGGAGGAAGACAUUAGAAAGUCUUGGACUGACUGAUACGGUUUUUGUUCUCCAUGUAGACGAAAAACAAGGGUUUAACAGGAAAGUAGGGUUGACAAACCGAAAGGGGCGCUGCCGUUGCUUACAAUUCGGCAUUGUGGUUCCUGUUGUUUGUCAUUGACAUUGUGAAUUCUCAAUCUUGCUUUGUUUCUUUUCCCAGGUUUAGGUUAUGUUCAUUCUUCAAAGUUUCUCAUCUUAUGUAGAUUCUUGUCUGCUGUAAAUUUUACACAGUUUCUUAAGAAGUUGACAAGUUUAUAAAACCGCUUGAUGUUUUUUA